AUCAAGUUUUGUUAAAGCUUCUUGUACUCUAUGACCUUACUUUACCCAGCUGUGAAGCCUCUCGUGCCAUGUUAACAGAGUAUGUGCGUUGUUAACAGCUGUUGAAGGUAUUUGCUAGCUUGAUGCUAACCCUCAAAACAGAAGAGACACCAGUUUAAAGGUGUUGAGGGUGCACUGAUCUAUCUGCUGAGUAUCGGUUCUGGCUGACAUCAACCUUAUUGAGGAUUAUAGUGUGAUCCCUGAACUGGAUUUGCAUAUUCUUUGCAUCCAUGCAUUGAUUGUCUGAACCAGGGAUGUCUCGUCCUGCUCCGACCCCUGUCUACACCCUGAGGGGGGCUGGUGGGCCCCUCAACACCCUCCACUUUAGCUGCAAUGGAGGAGACACUCCCCUCCUGUAUUCAGGGUCAGGUAAAGGCUCCAUCCAUAUCUGGAACCUUAACACCCGGAGAGCUGAGAGGAUUGUAGAAGGACAUUCUGGUAACUCGAUCAUCUGGGUGAGCACACUGCAGACGACAGACACCCUCAUCAGUCAGGGCCGGGACAUGCAAGUCUGUCUGUGGGAUCUGAGCGAAGGUCGCAGUGAGGUGGCAGACUCUGUGUGGACCGGCAGUGUCGGGUUCUGUCAGUGCUCCGUGCUGGAGACGAGCCCUGGAAACCACCUGCUGGCCUUUCCUGGACAACAGACAGAGGAGAUCAAGAUCAUUGAGCUGCCCAGUAAGACCCUGGUCUGCACUCUGGUACCAGACACCAAGAUGGGGAUGGUCAUGUGUGUCAAACUCUGGCAGCCAGACUCUGGGCCCGGACCGCUCCUGGUGGCUGGAUACGAGGAUGGUUCCCUGCUGCUGUGGGAUGUAACCCAGAGGUCCAUACUGAGCCAAACCAAAGCCCACCCUGAGCCUGUCAUGUGCCUGACCUUUGACCCUGAGCGUCUGAGGGGCAUAUCAGGCUCCUCGGAGAAGAACCUCGCCUCAUGGACGCUGGAUAGACAGAACAACCUGCAGCUCCAGGAUAACGUGACACUGGUCAACCCCGGGGUUUCCCAGCUGUGUAUCAGGGGGGAUGGUAAACUUCUGGCGUCAGCGGGUUGGGACCAUCGCGUGCGGGUGUUUGGGUGGAAGAGGCUCAAACCGCUGGCCGUGCUUCAGUACCACACCGACAUGGUGCAAAGUGUGGCCUUCUCUGACCACCAGGACCCUAGAGAAAGACUGCUGGCUGCUGGAUCCAAGGAUCAGAGGAUCAGUCUGUGGUCCAUCUACAAUGAGGGAGCUGACACUGGCUGAGACUCAGAGCUCUGAACAGAUUUACAAACUGUUAUUCGACCUUCCCUUAUCUAUCGUUUGAAACUGUGCUUGUGGGAGCUAAUUAUUGUCUCUGGACAGGCCGAAGUACUGUUUUAAUACAUGCAAAUAUGGACUGUGUAUAUUAUACUCUUAAGAAAAUGAAUUAUAGAGGAGUCAAAUAAUUAGAAUUGACUUAUGUGACAUUUACACUGUGCCUGCAGAGUUUUUAUUCUUUAAAAAACAGCAACAGCCAGAAUAGGAGCUCCAGUUGUAUGACCUCUGGACUUGGAGAAGUCAGUGAAUUAUGACAGCUGAGUUGAUAAGGAAAAAUAAACUAAAUCAUGAAUAUACCUGACUUUUAAGUCCGAGAAUUGUAAAGGCAAAAUUGUUUGUAAUUAAAUAUCUGAUUUUGUUUAGCUUAGUUUAGAAAAGCUAAAAUUACACCAUCAACUGAAAGUUGCAUUACAUAUUUUGUUUUACCUAAGAGAAAGGUCCUCAUUCCAUUUCCACUAAUGUUCAUAUUUAGAAUCUGAAAAAUGAAUCACAUGUGACAUAAUAACUUAAAAACCUUGAAAACUGUGA